AUGUCGUCAGAGACGGAGGCAGCAGCUCGGGCUGCAGCCUCGGGCGCCGCGACGAGUGCCCAGCCCACCAUCUUUGACAAGAUCGUAGCCAAGGAGAUCCCUGCCAAGAUUAUCUAUGAGGACGAUCAGGCCCUGGCAUUCCGGGAUGUCUCCCCUCAGGCCCCCAUCCAUUUCCUCGUGAUCCCCAAGGUGGUGGACGGCCUGAGCCAGCUCUCCAAGGCGCGUGAGGACCAGAAGGCCCUCCUGGGGCACCUGUUCUGGGUUGCCGGGCAGGUUGGCACCAAGGAGUGCCCCGGCGGGUUCCGCGUGGUGGUCAACGACGGGAAGGAUGGGUGCCAGUCGGUGUACCACCUGCACCUGCAUGUCAUCGGCGGGCGCCAGCUGGCGUGGCCUCCUGGGUAG